AUGAUCUCUUCUACCAUUGUUGCCAGCCUCCUAUUUGGCUUAGCCCAAAUUCCUAGCAUUGUUGCUAAGCCAGUCGCUUCAAACAAUUCUACAGACGUCAUCGUUACACUCAGUGCCUCUGAUUACAUCCCAAAUGCGAAGGGAAACUUGAGUCUUUUCGACGUGGAUUGUCUGUUCUCGGGUUAUGACGCCGAUACUCGGGCCUGGCUCAUUUCCCUUGACCCAGCCCCGGCCACUACCGAUGAGGGAAAGGCAAUCAUACUUACUGAAGCGGCUUAUUCUAAAAGGUUCGACGCGAAUGACUUAGAUAUGGUUGAAGAUGUCGAGUAUAUGUUGGCUCAGGUUGCUGGCAAUACUACUUCCCUCGGAAAGCAUACCGGCUCUAGCACCUUUUCCACGAGCUCACGCCACGUUGUGAAAUGGAGCGCUUGCGCGACCUUUUUUUCAUGCAUAAGUGGAAAACGCUGUAGCUUUGACCUCGUGACGGACAAGGCUCCUCGCAGCAAGUGUAUGUCCCGUGGAGGGAGUCACUGCUGUAUAAGCUGGUCUACCUACAAGGUGCGGGCAGCCUUCUUCUCUACUACCUGA